AGCUCGCAGUUCCUCACCUCUCGUCGUACCUGAGGUGUGAGCUGCGCCAGUUGCGGGUGUGAGCACGUCGAAAACAGCGAUGUCAUGACCGAAGAAAGUCGCCUUCGCUGUGUUUGGUGCUACUUCGGUCCCGCUCAUUGACAGAAUAAGGUCGACGCCUCCUGCAGCGGGCUCACGGCGGUUGGUGCCGGGAUGACGGGGGAUCUGGGCCCGUUGCUGCUCGCGCUGCUGUCCGUCGCUGCGAUGUGCAACAGUAUGUCUCCACCAGGGAAACCAGUCCUGCUUGGCUGCAUUUCCCCUGAGAAGGAGACGUUCACCUGCUGGUGGGAGCCCGGCUCUGAUGGAGGACUGCCCACCACACACCGCCUCCUCUACAAGAAAGACCGGUUUAAUGAAACAUACGAGUGUCCUGACUACAACUCGGCUGGCAAGAACUCCUGCUUCUUUGACAAGGCACAAACCUCCAUCUGGGUCGACUAUUCUCUGUGGGUGGUGGCCUCCAACGCACUUGGCAACAGCACGUCUGACUACUUGAAGACAGACUUGAUGGAAAUUGUCAAACCCAACUCUCCUGAAAACGUCACACUGGUGGUGGAGCAGAGAGACAACAGUCAGUGUCUCGAUGUCCGAUGGAAGCCUCCCCAUAACAUAGACACCAAGUCUGGCUGGGCCACCAUUAAAUAUGAAGUAAGGAUCAAAGAGGAGGACCGAAACCUGUGGAAGGAGUUCACCUCAGGCACACAAACCAACUUCGUCCUGUACAACAUCGAUCCUGGGGUGACGUUCGUGGCUCAGGUGCGCUGCAGACUGGACCACAGCACCUGGAGCGAGUGGAGCAACGUCACCUCCAUAAAAGUGCCCAACUAUUUUCAGAAAGAGAAACCGUUCUGGAUAAUUAUUUCCAUCGUCACUCUGGUCUCAUUCAUAACACCAAUGUGUCUCUUGAUCACUAAGAGAGAAUCUGUGAGACAGUUUCUUCUGCCCUCGGUUCCUGGUCCAAAGAUAAGUGGAGUAGACGUGAAACUUCUCAAGUUUGGGCAACCAGGAGACAUCACUAAUGCCCUCAUCAUCAGCCAUAACCUUCCUCCUCUGGUGCCUCUGGAGGAUGAGGUGGAGGAGUACAUUCUCGUGUCGGACAACGUUGACGAACAUCUUCCAGACACAUGUGGUUCUCAAAUAAGGAAGAAAAGCUUGAUUCCCACUGGUUUCUAUUUGGAUUUAAACAUCCCAGUAGACAAUGAAGCGGAUAACGUUAUAAAAAACAGCUCUGUCUCGGAGGUCACGUCAUCAGACAUGGGGGCGAUGCAGAGACACCUCUGUCCAGGUCACGCAGAUACAAACUGUCAGAGUUCAGCAAAUUUCAGCGGAGCAGCUGAAAACGUCACCCAGCCUCUCGCAAACAGCAGCUAUGUGGACGUUCAGACUCACGACAUAAGAGAGGUGAACUACAGCCGAGUGGACGAGGUGAAGGGGGACACCAUUAUCCUAGUGGAACAAGACAACGCCCCCGGAUACAUGGACAUUCAAAGACAGGAUGAGAACGUCGCGCUGGACUACAGCCGGGUGCAGGAGGUGCAGGCUGACGACACGGUCGUCCUGGAGAAACGAAGGGCCGCCGCCGCCUCGCCGGGCGAGAAGCAGAAGCUGGGCUCUAGGCCGUGCACAGAACUCAGCAGCGAGUAUGUGAUGUCUGUGCCAGCAGCAUCUGUUUGAAGCCGACCCCCCACCCCCACCCCCUGCCGGGGGACGUUUGGUUCAUGAACCUGCAUCCUUUACUUUUCCUCUCUUAUUGGAUUGGAUGGUUUGCUGUGAAAUCAGUGGCCGCAGGAUAAACCUGAACGGCACUCGAUCCCAGCUGGGAUAGGCUCCAGCACCCCCGUGACCCCGCACUAGGGAGUAAGCGGUUAAGAAAAUGGAUGGAUGGAUGGCACUCGAUCCUCAGACCCUUGAGUGCAUCCCGUGGGUUAAAUCUUCCUCCUCAGUGCUUGCUUUAGUUAUUUCUAGUUCUGAGUGAAAUAUCUCAACCAGUACAGAAGGGAUGACCGCAUUUGGGCCUUUACAGAAUAAUAAUGCUCAGUUUUGAGAGCCUCUAACUUAUUCAUGAGUCACCGAGAGGUGCGCGUCUGAGUGGAGUGAAACAGUUGAACACCUACUGGCUUCGUUAUUGAGAAGGUGUAAGGAAGAAGAUUAAAAACUUUAGGUUCUCUACCAUCAGGUCACGUUUUCAUUCUGUCUAGUGCUAGUUCUGUCUUGUGUAAAAUACUUUUACACACAUUCUGACAUCAGCUGUGCUGUGUCUUCGCUGCUAAUUAUGACGUAGGCUGAACGUGGCCGACAGGUGGCCAGGUUCAGGCUUCACAGAAUACACGUUAGUUACUUAUACAAAUGAAGCGCCAGGCUUCACAGAGCAGCCGCUGAUGAUGAUGAUGAUGAUGAUGGUGAUGAUGAUGAUGUUUUUGCAGUUUUUGCCUCCGGUAGGUAAAUUCAGUUCAUGCUGGUGGUUUGUUCGGUAUCUUCCUGUAUCACUGCCACAGCAGGUGCACGCAGUAACAUUCUAAUGAGGACAUGUAAGCAAUGUUAUAAAAUAGGUUGGCACAUAAAUAUAGCAGCCGGGUAGAAAGCAUUACUAUUUAUUUCAUUGUAAAUAAUGUAUACACUAAAAUGCCACAAAACGAUUUACUGUUUCUGAUAAACUCUGUUUUCCAACAUCUUCAAAACUUUCAUAUAUAUAACUAGUUGUUAUUUAAAAAUGUAUCAUUAGAUAAAUCAACAUUUACUUUGGUUAGAAUUUAAAAUUUAAUUUAAAUUUAAGACUUUGAGGCAAUAAAUCAGUUUAGAAACAUUUCACGUUACGGCACAUUAAAUAAACUAAUCAAUGUUUCAACUGAAAUAAUUGACAUCUGUUGACACAGAUGGCAUCUAAUCAGUUUGUAUUUUGUGCUCAUUUCACAAACAUAAAUUAUGGUACACUGUUUGUUUUACAUGCUGUACAUUUGAAUGACACACUGCAGUUCAUGCUCCCAUUUCUUUGUUUACGAAGGUUGAAGACGAAGAAAAUCACACAAAGCCCAAACAGAUCUAUUUGUGAACUGUGGCUUUUUAACUUCUCAUUGUGAAUUUUUAACGCAAAACAAACAUGUUAGAAAACUGUUUGUGAAACAAUAAAUCUGCUCCAAAAUG